CUGCCCGCAGGUACGCCUUUGGCUAAUGGCUAUGCAUAUUCAUCGAGCGGAUGAUUCGGUAGGCAGUGCAUGGAUGGUCUGUACUAAACCUUGGGGUGCAUCUUUCUGUCCUCCCACUGUAAAGUCCAUAGGUACUACUAUGGAGAAGUGCAGCGGGGCUGGGUCGGAACCCCACCUUAAUCCGGACUUUCCAGCUCAAACGGCAACUUACAUAGACUCCUCUUACACCCCGUGCUCAAGAACUCCACGAAGGCACCAGAGCUCACCAUUCAGUACAAUUGAAACAUGUCUUCUAUCAAAGGCCCCGGAGCUGCGCAGACUUACAAUGGCUUGGGGCUCAGAAUUGCCAUUGUUCACGCCAGGUGGAACAUGGAAAUAAUCGGCCCUCUCGUUGAUGGGGCUAAGCGACGCCUUCUAUCUGCUGGAGUUCUGGAGGAAAACAUCUCUAUGCACACUGUCCCAGGCAGUUACGAGUUGCCCUACGCCACGCAGCGGAUAUAUGCCGCCUCUCAGAUUCAAGCUGCUAGAAAUUCAACUUCUGCUCAGGGAAUUAGCGCCACAGAUUUGCUCUCCUCCUCGAAUGCAGACCUCGGUACACAGUCUACCCAGUCGCCGACUGCUGAUCUGCCCAAGCCAUUCGAUGCCAUCAUAGCGAUAGGUGUUUUGAUAAAAGGGGAAACCAUGCAUUUUGAGUACAUCGCCGAUGCUGUGACCCACGGACUGAUGCGCGUCCAACUGGAGUCUGGUGUGCCCGUCAUUUUCGGUGUACUCACUGUUCUUAACGAGGAACAAGCUUUGGAAAGAGCUGGGUUGGGUAAGAAAGGGAUGCAUAACCACGGUGAGGAUUGGGGCAAUGCAGCUGUGGAACUCGGGUCAAAAAGAAGAGACUGGGCUGAAGGCAGAAAUGUGUAGACUAGGUGGAGCGGGUAGUGGAUGCACACGUGUUUGAAAGUAAUGGACUUUUCUUGUUCUUAAUGAUGAUCACUCUUCAAGGACCCUUAGCAGAUGCAGACUCAUUUUACUGGCCGAUUCAUUCUAAGCGAAGGCCGUGCCAU